AUGACACCGGAUAAACAGGCAGAAACUCAUGUUAUGACACCGGAUAAACAGGCAGAAACUCCUGUUAUGACACCGGAUAAACGGGCAGAAAUUCGUGUUAUGACACCGGAUAAACAGGCAGAAACUCGUGUUAUGACACCGGAUAAACGGGCAGAAACUCGUGUUAUGACACCGGAUAAACAGGCAGAAACUCGUGUUAUGACACCUGAUAAACAGGCAGAAACUCGUGUUAUGACACCGGAUAAACAGGCAGAAACUCGUGUUAUGACACCGGAUAAACGGGCAGAAACUCGUGUUAUGACACCGGAUAAACAGGCAGAAACUCGUGUUAUGACACCGGAUAAACUGUCAUCGUCUAGUUACGUUUCGCAUCUAAAUUACCACUAG